UCCAUCCUAGCGUCGCUUGCUGGGACCGUCCACCAUCCCUUUAAUUGCAGGAAACCCUCGACAGAAAUAGACCACGGACGUUUAUUUAUUUCAUUUCACUCAUUCGCUCUGUUUUUUCAGUCAUGGCCGACGUUCCGCCCUUAAUAAACAUCUCGGUGUCCUUAAAGCUGGAGCCCAACGACGGACCCGUGUUCUUCAAGGCGGACGGGUCGCGGUUCGGACAGACGAGGACGAUAAAACUGCUGACAGGGUCGAAAUACAAAAUCGAGGUGGUGAUGAAACCGGGCAAGGCGGAGGCCACCUCUAUGGGAAUCGGCGCAAACAGCUUUCCUCUGGAGGAGCAGUCCAAAGAUGACGAAUCGGUCGUGUACUAUGGGUUUUACGACACUGAGGGGGUUCCACACACCAAAAGCGGUGACAGGCAGCCUGUGCAGGUCUCCAUACAGUUCAAGGACGCGGGAGUCUUUGAAACAGUCUGGCAGGUGAAGUACUACAACUACUACAAGCGUGAACACUGUCAGUACGGCAACAAAUUCACCUGCAUCGAGUACGAGGUGAAGCCCAACGAGACGCGCAGCCUGAUGUGGAUCAACAAGGAGGUCUUCCAGUAAGAGACAGCCAUCCUAGCAAUAACUGGCUGAAGCACAGCGCAGCAGCACGACACCUGUGUGGACAGUAACCAUCACUGGGCAGUUUAUGUACUGGACGGAGGAGUCUGUUUUUUAAAGGAAAAUUCUAGCCAAAGAUGCUAACACUGCUAACAGCGGGGGGAAAAUGUGCGACCUGUUAGCAUGAUGUAUUUGUACAAUGCUAACUGACAAAGGCCAAUUUCCAUUCCUGUUAGCGUGUUAGCAUUUCUGAAUGAGGUAUUCCUUUAACAGAAAGAGAAGAGGGCCUUCAGUCUACGGGAUCAGCUCUGUACACCAAUGAACGAAGGAACGUUGUUUUUCGUGUAAUCGAUUAUGCAUGCUGAUUGUUUGACACAUUAUUCAAUCAAGGACCACAAUUUUAACCCCUUGAACCCUAAAUUUAUCAUUCAGUUAUACAUUUUAAGAGGCUUUAUUCAGUAACUACUAUGAAACCAAUAUUUAAGAUCACAGACAGAACAAAUAAAGUCUCCAUAUUUGCUAAUAAUAGUCGUUUUAUAUAUAUUUUUAGCCAGUUUGAAAUGUCAGCUGCUCCUUACAUCGUGUGAAAAUGUACCAGUGAUUGCAAAGUCAUUUAGGAGAUACAUACAGAAAGAAAUGUAGUUAUGAACUGAAGCGUGAGCCCGUAUGGACUCUUAGGGUUUAAGGGGUUGAAAGAGUUCAUAGUGUUACAAUCGUUUUAACUGUGAGAGAGAGUGUUCGAAGAGAUGCUCGCUCUACCAAUGAUGUUCUAUUUGCACUGCAACUCUUCUGUGUGACUGGGCCCUUUCCUAUCAGCAUCGACACAACACAUAACAAACCUCAGGUAACCCCAAUACAUACUGGAUACCUGAACUGUAUGAUACAUUUGUGUGCGUUACAGCAGAACUCCCUCAUUGCCUGCUUGUCAGAUGUAUAGUGAAUUGACCUCUCCAUGCCCCGCCCACAAAUGCAUUGUGUUAUGCCGACUGUUGCUAGGUUGGAUGAGCCCUAAACAAAAAAGUUUGGGUCUACAUUUCUUACCUAACUUUGACUUUCCAGUUUAAAAUACUGCGGUACCAAGCUUGACUGUGUUGUUGUAGCUAAUCGAAGCUUGACGGGUUGGAAAGCACAACAAAUGCUAACGUUAGCUUGAUGGCACCAUGCUGACGUUAGCUUGAUUACACUAGUCAAACUAAAUUAAUAUAAUUUCAAAUAAUACAUUCUGCAUUUUGACAAAAACUAAGUUCUCAUUAGUUAUUUUUCUCAUGCUAACAUUAGCCAGGUGGUAAAUACAUCAUUGUUUCUUACCUGCUUAGCUUCAGUUAGCUAUAACAACAUAGUUCAGCUAAGUAGCGAAGCUAGUGCUGUGUAGUCAAUUUGGACUAAUAUCACAGCCACCCAAAAUUAUACAGUACAUUUUCUGUCCCUGUCUUGGUUACCAAUACAAUAAAACUUCCUUUCAGCAUAAUGCCUUACUGUAGGCAUGCAGUAACUCCAGUAUUUUAGCUGUACUAUGAGAAGGGCAGUGCUCAAUAAUGCUUGCUCAUAAAGGGUGCUGUCUGCAUAUACUUAUACAUUUGAACCAGUUUAUUGAUAUGAAGUAAUAUAAAAAAGACCAAUCAGUGGACGUUGUAAUCUUCUGGGACCAGCACUGGUCAUUAUUUAUUAGUGAAUGGUGUGUGUAUUUAUUGUGUGAAAGAGUGUUUGACAUGUUUCCAGAUUAUUUUUGUUUUUAUAGAUGUUAAUCGCUUCUUCAGUGCUUUUUUAAGUUGCCUACCUCUUCAUGCCACGAACAGUGAUGAAGAAUUGAAGGUCCACUGCACUUGUAUUUGUGUUAAUUAGCGAUGAAUUCAUCUGAUUUACUGGAAUCACAGAGUACAAAUGUGUUUAAAUUUGUGUUUCAUGGUUAAACUGUUAUGUUCUUCCGUAGCGACCUUGGCAUACGCUCUCUAAGUUCCCCCAAGUGAGAUGAAGAAGGAUCAUUGACGGUGCUGCUAAAUUAUGGGACAUUGUAGUUGAGAAAGAAGUCUGUGUGUAGAGAAACGUCUCUAAGUUUAAAAAAAUCUAGAUCAAAUGGCAGCAAAGCGGUUGGAGUGGGCCUUUAAUUCUGAGUUUACUGAAGCAUCUCAUGACUUAUUGCUUGUAUUCAUGCUUUUAUUAUAUUGGCUUGUGUGGUAAUUGUGUAUAUUUCUCUAUGAGUAUCAGAUUUUUUUUAUUUAUGAAAUUUCUGUGUGAUUCUGAGCCAAACUGUUGACUUCUUUUGUAAGAUAAAAAGGCUGUAAUGCUUAAAAGGUC